AUGGCAGCCACGGCGAUACACGUUCCUUUGGUGGAUCAAGAGAGAGAUUUGGGAGCCCCAUUACGGAAUACGACUCAUGACAUCGGAAUUGGACAGGAUAGAUUUGGUCAUGAAACCGGCGAUAGUGACCACCGAGGUGCUCGCUGGUUGGGCGUGGCCCCCUACCUCGAGCCGGAACAUCUGCUGGAUUUAGAAAGUGUUGAUACACCGAACCGGCUUCUCGCUCUGGCACUCACAGCUCUGGCACCUGCUACAAACGAAUAUGCCACCACCACGUACCAGGAUGCUAUCAACUGGGGCGAUGUAAUGUCUCGGCUCAAAUCGUUGGCGGAAGAACAAGGAUACACGUGGGCAAGGCAGGAAUUCUAUGUUGUUGACUUUCGAUCAAAGCUCAUGGAGGAUAUCGACUCGGAACUUCUGUUCAAGCUGGACAAAUUUUCACACGUUGAAGCUACCGAAAGUGGUGGCUUGUUGAAAUAUUGGUAUGGCACUCCAGACGCCGACAGGAGGAAUCUGGCCACAUGUGUUUGGCGAAACAAGAACGACGCGAUCAAGGGAGGCACUGGGCCAUGGCACAAGCAAGCUCGUGCGAUCAUCCCCCGGAUGUACGAACAUAUUGAUGUUCGAGGCGUACGCCUUGUCAUUGAGGACAAUGUUGAAAGUUGGAGUUUCGCGCCGUACUGA